AUGCCGAGGGAGAUAAUCACGAUCCAGGCCGGGCAGUGCGGCAACAGCAUCGGAAGCCAAUUCUGGCAGCAGCUCUGCCAGGAGCACGGCAUCAGCCAAGACGGCAACCUCGAGGACUUUGCGACCGAGGGGGGCGACCGCAAGGACGUCUUCUACUACCAGAGCGACGACACCCGAUACAUCCCCCGCGCCAUCCUCAUCGACCUCGAGCCUCGGGUCAUCAACGGCAUCCAGUCGGGCCCGUAUCGAAACAUCUACAACCCCGAAAACUUUUAUGUGCACAAGGAUGGCAUGGGCGCCGCCAACAACUGGGGUGACGGCUACCAGAACGGCGAGGCCAUCUACGAGGACAUGAUGGAGAUGAUAGACCGCGAGGCCGACGGCAGCGACUCGCUCGAGGGCUUCAUGAUGCUGCACUCCAUCGCCGGCGGCACCGGCUCCGGCCUGGGAUCCUUUCUCCUCGAGCGGCUCAACGAUCGGUUCCCGAAAAAGAUCAUACAGACCUACUCCGUCUUCCCGGACACGACCAACGCCGGCGACGUCAUCGUGCACCCGUACAACAGCAUACUCUCGAUGCGCAGGCUGACGCAAAACGCCGACUCGGUCGUCGUCCUCGACAACGGCGCCCUGUCCCACAUCGCCGCCGACCGGCUGCACGUGCAGGAGCCGUCGUUUCAGCAGACGAACCAGCUCGUGGCGACGGUCAUGUCGGCGAGCACGACGACGCUGCGGUACCCGGGCUACAUGCACAACGACCUCGUCAGCAUCCUCGCCUCGCUGAUCCCGACGCCUCGCUGCCACUUCCUCAUGACCGCCUACACCCCCUUCACCGGCGACCAGGUGGAGCAGGCCAAGACGGUGCGCAAGACGACGGUGCUCGACGUCAUGCGGCGCCUGCUGCAGCCCAAGAACCGCAUGGUCUCGACGGUGCCGGGCAAGAAGAGCUGCUACAUCUCCAUCCUCAACGUCAUCCAGGGCGAGGUCGACCCGACGGACGUGCACAAGAGCCUGCUGCGGAUACGGGAGCGCCGGCUGGCCACCUUUAUCCCCUGGGGGCCGGCGAGCAUCCAGGUGGCGCUGACGAAGCGCAGUCCGUACAUUCCCAUGAGCCACCGGGUGAGCGGCUUGAUGCUGGCGAACCACACGAGCAUCGCGACGCUCUUCAAGCGCAUCGUGAAGCAGUACGACGGCAUGCGCAAGCGAAACGCCUUUAUGGAAUCGUACAAGAAGACGGCGCCGUUUGCCGAGAACCUCGACGAGUUCGACGAGGCACGACAGGUCGUGGCCGACCUGAUUGGCGAGUACGAGGCGGCCGAGAAUGCAGACUACCUCCAUCCCGACGGAGGCGAGAAGGCGACGUCGGCCGAGUCGGAUCGGAGAAUGGGAUGA